GAGCUGUUUGCUACCUAAUUCCAGCUCACAAACGAAGAAACACAGCCAAUUCCCUUCCGUGAUUCCGCGAUCCUCUCACCGCAGCUGGACAAUCUCGACCUUUCUUUAAUCACCAUGGCAACUGCACCUCACCGCCACCGGAAAUAAGAUGCAGAGCCCUUCCGCAAACGGUCCGGCUAGAAAUCUACGAAGCGCUGAUCAGGGCGAACAGAGACAACUGUGUUGCUCUUCUAUCGCGGGGGUGGCAUAGCAAGAGUAGUGAGAGAGGGUGCUCUGUUACACCCAUUAGGAACUGGAUGCUGUCCUGGGCCUAGACUUCCCGCCUGCUCCUUUGCUCGCGCACACCCGGAUCCUUUGUCGCGGGGAGGGUGAUUCCGCCGGGCCGCGGUGGGCGUGACACAGCGUCCAGCGCGCGCUUUUCAUGCCUCUGGCGUUUCCUUUGGCGGAUUUUCUGUUCUCAGAAGUUGUUGGGUUCGUUUAUUCAGCGGCAGUAGUGCUUCCCCGAAUCUCAGAAUGCCGUAGGUAUCUCCUUCCCAGUGUUAAAAGAUCACUGAAAUUGGAUGGCCUGUUAAAAGAAGAUUCAUUUGAUCCUUCAAAAAUCACAAGGAAGAAAAGUAUUAUAAUUUACUCUCCAACAACUGGAACUUGUCAAAUGAGUCUAUUUGCUUCUCCCACAAGCUCUAAAGAACAAGAGUACGGAAAUGGACUAUCAAAUGAAAAGAGAAAAAAAUUGAAUCACCCCAGUUUAACUGAAAGCAAAGAAUCUACAACAAAAGACAAUGAUGAAUUCAUGAUGUUGCUAUCUGAAGUUGAGAAAUUGUCAGAAGAAAUCGUGGAGAUAAUGCAAAAUUUAAGUAGUAUACAGGCUUUGGAGGGCAGUAGAGAGCUAGAAAAUCUCAUUGGAAUCUCCUGUGGAUCACGUUUCUUAAAAAGAGAAAUGAAGAAAACCAAAGAACUAAUGACAAAAGUAACUAAACGAAAACUGUUUGAAAAGAGUUCAGUACUUCCUCACAGAGAAUCAUGUCAUCUUGACAGCUAUGAAUUCCUUAAAGCCAUUUUAAACUGAGAUGGAGUCUUGCUCUGUCACCAGGCUGGAGUGCAGUAGCAUAAUCUCAGCUCACUGCAACCUCCAUCUCCUGGGUUCAAGUGAUUCUUCUGCCUCAACCUCCCGAGUAGCUGGGACUAUAGGUAUGUGCCACCACACCUAGCUAAUUUUUGUAUUUUUAGUAGAGACUGGGUUUCCCCAUGUUGGCCAGAAUGGUCUCAAUCUCCUAACCUCAUGAUUCACCCGCCUUGGCCUCCCAAAGCGCUGGUAUUACAGGUAUGAGUAACCAUGCCCAGCCCAUUAUCUUUGAAAUAUGCAUUUAUUUAGCAUUCUAUUUCUUAGAAAAACAGCAAUCUAUCAUAAGCUUUAAAUAUAUUUCAGGUUGAGCCUACUGAAGACAUCAGAGCAUUACACCAUAUCCAUCCUGUUCUAACUAUCUGAUAGAAUAUUAACAACAGAUGACUUGGUAUGCUCAGAGUUCAUUCGCAGAAUCAAACAACAGAAAUCAUCAAUAAAAAGAUCAUGAAAAAGUAAAAAGGAACAUGAAACUCUUUUUUGCAUAUGGUAUGAGAUGCACUUUUGAAGUAUUUCAUUGUUAUGUACUUUUCUGGCUUGUUUUUAUGCAAUGUACUUAACUGACAGUCCCAGACUUGGAAUCCUAAUUUCUAAAUGUUGCCUCACAUAAGUCCACUAGGACUUACUGUUUUCAUGUACUAAAUGUUCUUGAUAGUUUAAAUGUAUUUUUUAAAUGUCAUUUUAUAGACCAUGGCAAACAGGAACAAAAUUUUAAAUGCCACAGAAAUACAACCAAGAAGACUUUGUAAACCUACUUAGAAAAAACCCUAAACUAUCUGUCCCCUCCCCUUCUCAAAAAUACAUUUUAGUUUCUCUUGUACAUAAAUCAAACUCCAAAUCUUUUCAACCAGGACAUUCAAGGUCUUCAGUAAUUUGGUCCAUUUUUUACCCUUAUCUCUCACCAUAUCCUCUCCUACUCUCAACACACACACACAAAGGUCACCCAAAUUAUAUUGUUUAAUAGAAUAUCCUGUGUCCUUUCCCACUUCUGGACCUUCAACUUCUUCCUUCUCUUUUGAACUUCUCUUCUGCUAUAUAACCUACUGUUCUAAUCUUACCCGAUUUUCAAAUUUGGGCUCAAAUCCCACUUGCCCUAAACAGCAUUCUAAAAUCUCCCCCUGAGAUAAUAUCUCCCUUUCCCACACCAUCAUAGGACUUCAUUUGUACCUGAUAGAACUUAAUACCAUCUGUUUUAUCACAUAACUAUUUAAGCUACUUAUGUUCUUUGCCACUGUUUUCUGCUUUGCAUUCCCUCAUUAACUAAUAGAAAAAAAAUUAAAUAGUUGAAUUAACUGAAAGAUUAUUCUGAUUGCUUAGCUUAGUGUCUAACACAGAAUCUAAGUAUGGGGAACAUUCAAUAAAUGUCUGCCAAAUAAAUGAAUGUCUUAUUUCCCAACCCAGUAAAUCCUGUUCCGAGCAAGAAAAUAAUUUUUAAAAGUUCAGUUGUGGCAAGAAUUAAGUGUCUACAAUAAUGAAAAACUUACCAGUGUAAAUUUGAAUCCUUUGGAAGAGGGCUGAAGUGUUAAUUUUAUGCAUGCAGGAAGCAGGCUCAAAAAUGUAAAACAGAAGCUUAAAAAAAUAAUAAAA